ACGCAAUGAAUUUGAACCAUUAACAAAAGUGUAGUGAAAAUGUAUCGUAAAAGUGUAAUUACUCUCGCUCUUGUGUUAUUUGCAUCAGCUGAGGUGGCUAUAGGUGAACCCAAACCAAAGAAUGAUGAAGUUAUUGAAGUGAAAAACUUUUCCAGUACGGUAAGAACAGGACGUGCUCUACACAAGGAAUGCAACGGAAGUCUGAACGCCAAGUGCCUCAAAAUACAUGUUUUAUCCUUUCUAGAGGAUUUGGGCUCUCGCGAUGAGCUAAAUCUUCUCCCUGGAUUAAGCAUUGUCAAAGAAGAUAAAGCCAACAGCAGCUCUGCGGAAGAAAUGGCAGCUGAAAUAUCACGACAAUUUCCCGGGAAACCGGAGGAAAAGUUGAACAGAUUCAUUUUAUAUAGAUUACAAAGUUAUUUAGAUAGCCAUUCGUUAAGGUACAGAUUAUUGGAUCCAAAGACUACAAAGGAUGCAUUAAAUAUGGCUAAUACUGAGGGUACCGGGAGGGGCAAGGGUGGAGGAGGAUUGGGGGGAGGAAAGGGAGGAGGUGGAGCACUCUUGGCGGCAGCUUUGAUGAUGAAAGGUACCCUCGCUGCAGCAGCUCUCGGCGCCCUGGCUUUACUUGCCGGCAAAGCCUUAAUGACAGCUCUUAUGUCUCUCCUCUUAUCAGCUCUUGUAGGUCUUAAGGGUGGAGGCGGUGGUAAAUCAACUACAUAUGAGAUCAUCACUAAACCGGAAGUAUCUCAUCAUCAUUCCCACAGCCAUGAAGAACAUCACGAACAUGAACAUGGGCAUCAUGGCGGGUACAAACGAGCAUAUGACUUGAAUUAUAAUAGCUAUAUGCCAUAUGAUGGUACAACGAGCUAAAGGUGUCAAAGUAAGAUGUAGACCUUUUGUCACCAUUAUUUUAAGUUUUACGCAUUAAAACGCGCCUACCUGUUUUAUAUUUAACUAGUUGUAAGAACAAAUUGCUAUUUGCUUUGAAUAACUGAUUCAUACACAACUAUAAAUCUUUACAUUUUUCUAUGGUUUCACCUAAUGAAAUCAAAUACUAUAUCUCACAGAGUGAUAAAAAUUUAGUGCAGAAAAUGGUGCGUAAAAUGCAAUAAAUGACGUACCAAAAGUUUAACAUUUGCUCUUAAAUCGUUGUGAUUUACUUACAAACUUAGGCGCUUACAAUCUUAGCUUAAAAUACAUUUGCAUUUUUAAGUAUAGCUAAAAAAAAUUAAGUUUUGAUACUACGUUCUUUCGCCAUAGGAUUAAGAAAAUAAUUUAUUACCUUUAUAUAAGCUUAUUUAUUAUAGUUUAAAGUAGAUCUUUAUAAUAUGUAACUUGAUGUAGUUCAUUUAAGUUAUUUUUCUUAUAUACAUAUAUAUUUGCAUUAAAUUUAUUUAUCGACUUUGUGGUUGAGUUUAACACACUAGCCAUAAAGUAUUUUUCUGAAUUUAACUUCUCGAAGUUAUUAUUGUGAAUAAUAACUUCGGAAGAUAAAUGAUACGUCAAUUAAUUUGUUUGUCCCAAACCCCAUUACUGAGAACGGGAAUUCAAAAGUUUUUUUAUCAAUAGCGCUAUAAACCCACCUAUAUUGCAACUUAUAUUUAUACACAUUCAUCACAAUUGAAAUUUCAUAUGUAUUUUAAUGUCGAAAAUAUAUUACAGCUAUAUAUUUAUUACAAAAAAAAAUAUUUAACAUACAGUACACAUUACGGCUUAUUUUAAGCAUUAUCUUGAGAAGCAGUAUGUUAAACUGUGAUAUCUUACAUAUUGUAUUUUGGAAUGUUUCUGGAUCAAAAAUAAAAU